AUGGAGAUACCGUCAAGAGUCGAGAACCGAUUUGGUGAAGCGCGUGCCAGUGGUGACGGAAUCACAUUCCAGGCGGGGGUGAAUACGGGCACGAUCAACAUAAAUCGUGAGUGUCCUCCCUUUGACCGGGAAAAUUAUGUCCAUGUACUCAUUGUUGUCGAAUUUACAGAGAGACCCAGAAAAACCCCUUUCCUGAAAGUGGCCUACGGAGCAACGUGUGAUGCGGCAAACAAAGAACAUGUACCGAGUUGUCUCCCAGGCACCCGGGUCGAGGUGCUGAAAGAGAUACAAGAAUGGAUUGAUGGUGGUAACCCCAAGAAGCUCUAUUGGCUCAACGGCAUGGCUGGUACUGGAAAAUCGACCAUCGCCAUGACGCUUGCACGGACAUACAAGGGCAUGACUGGGAAAAACGUUCGCCCCGAGAAAAAUGUUUGCCUGGGAGCAACCUUUUGCUUCUCGAGAGGUGGCGGUGAUCUUGCUUCUGCUAGCAGAUUCGCCGCAACAGUUGCCAUUCAACUCGCUGAAGUUUCUCUGCAGCUGCGAAAGCUUAUUGAGAAUGUUCUUGAAGACAACCCUCGCCUUGACAGCUUGAGUGUUCAAGAACAGUGGGAUAAGCUGAUCAUCCAACCAUUAUCCGUGUUUUAUCAGUGUACUCCUACAGGUUCAAUAAGUCUCCUUUUUGUGAUUGAUGCAUUAGACGAAUGCAAUAAUGCGGAGGAUGUCAACGUCCUAAUUCGGUGUCUUGAAAGGGUGACACAGAUCGGGGGUGCGAAUUGCCGAGUUUUUCUUACCAGCAGACCUGAUCAACCUAUCAAGGCCGGGCUGGGUAAUUGUGUAUCUGGAUCCAGGGAGAGCUUUGUGCUACACGAUAUUGAGAAGUCGAUCGUCGAUCAAGAUCUCAACCUCUAUUAUAGAGACCAGCUCUCCCGCAUUAGGAUGAUCAUGUCCUCUGAAAACGAUAUCUUUUCCGAAAGCUUGAUAGCAAAUCUAGUUGAGCGGUCACAUGGCCUUUUCAUUCAUGCAGCCACCGUGUGUCGAUUUGUGCAGAACGGGGGAUUCCUUGCAGUCGAACGGCUGAAUCUUCUAGCCAAAUCGGAGAAAGCCGACAAUGCAGAAAAGGAACUUGAUAAAAUGUAUACAACGGUCCUUGAAUACUCUUUUGUCUCUGCUUCAGACGGCCUCUGCCCAGAGGAGGCUGAAAAGAUCCACCAACUCUUUCAGCGUAUCGUUGGAGCAAUAAUUACGAUAUCUGAUGCUAUGAACUCAGAGAGCCUGGCACUGCUUCUUGGAGAGAAGAGGGAGAGGAUAGACACAAUUUUGAGUGUUCUGAAUUCGGUCAUCAACGUGGAAGAAAACAACAAUGAAUUGAUACGAAUCCUUCACCCGUCCUUCCGCGAAUAUUUGUUGGAUGCCAAGCGUUGCACCAACAACUCCUACUCCAUUCUGGCAGACGAUACCCACGGCUAUAUUCUGACGCGUUGCUUUGACCUUUUGAUGUCUCAACUGCAGAGAAAUCCCCUCCGUAUUACGCAGCCAGGCGCAAAGGCUCGGGAUGCGGAAAUAGAGACAAUUAACAGAUACAUUUCAAUACCACUUCAAUAUUCCUCAAGAUACUGGUGGAAUCACUUCCAAAAGAGCAGUGACAAGUGGCGUAAUAAUGUUCCCCUACUGGAGUUUCUGCAAGACAAGUAUCUUUACUGGCUUGAAUGUCUCGCAUGGAUUGCGCAGCUCGGGCAGGCAGUCGAGGCGAUGUUGAAGCUGAACACUAUUUUUGUGAGCCAUUUCUGA